AAACAUGCCUGCAGAAGGUUUUCGGUCUGGAUAACAAGUACGAAACGAUCCAUUUCCUGUAGUUGAACUUGAAUGCUUGAACGAAUGACAAAAAUAACGUGCAUAUUAUCAUGUCAAGGAAAAUUGCUUUUCGAGGACAGGAUAUUUUCAGGAUUAUGAUCAACAGGCUGCCAUGGCAUAUUGGAACUGAAGACUUAUUUUCGCAUUUCAGACCUUAUGGUCCCAUUCAAAAUGCUUAUGUGCCUUUUGACAAGACAACAGGAUUUCAUAAGGGAUAUGGAUUUAUAACAUUUAGUAAUUUCAGAUCUGCUGAGAAGGCAUUGCUCCAGGAACAUAUUUUAGGCAAUAAGAAACUGAGGGUGACUACUGCACUUAAAAGAAAAUAAACUUAACUUCUGUAGAGACACAAGCUGAAAUAGGCACAGCAUGAAUCAACAUGUUCCAGGUUCUGUUUUGAUAUUUGUAUACUGUUAUGUAUUGAGAAGUAUUUUAACUGUGAAAAUAUUUCGUUAUUGUAAAUCCUACCUUGUAUAACAGUCUAAUUAAAAUUAGACCAAACUUUCGUUCCAUUUCUUAUUAGCUUUUAUUUCUAAUAUAGCCCCUUCAGUUAGGAUCUAAAGACAUUCUUCAAAAAAACCUUUUAACCUAACCCUGGUUUAACCUCAAAUCCUGCACUCUCAAGCGUUAAAAUUUUCAGAGAGAUUGAAGGAAUUUGAUUGGUUAAAGCAGAUGUCAUCAGAUAAGGUCAAAAGGUUAUUUAAACGAAUGGCUACAUUA